CCACCCGCCCGCUGCCGCCGCCGGCGAGUCACGGGCGAAGGCGAACUAGCGAACUAUACAAGCUCAGUGCGCGAGCAAGCGUGAUACGGAAUGAACGUGUGGUGCGUUUUGCGCGGACGUUGACUCUGCGAUUUAUUUCUUAAAUAUUGCGAUUUAUACGGCCAGAAUAAUUACAUUUUGGAGUAUAAAGUCGAUAUAAAGAAAAAAGUUUCAUUAUAAAAAUUGACUUCGACGCAGUUCGCGCAGAAUUUUGACCAAUUUUGUGAAUUUCCGUAUAGACGCGAAAAAAUAAAGUGGAGACAUUUCGAAACAAAGGACUGUUUUGUACAUUUUCGCAGCGUGUGCGAAAUUGUGUUCAAAAAUACUGAUCUUACUUUAACGUGGAGGGUGUUUAAAAAAAUAACCGCCCUCGACCAACUAGUUCGGACACAGUCUGUGGUCUUCGAACGUAAAACAAAAACACAACGAUUUUAUAAUAUAGGAACUGUAUUUACAAAGGUUUCGUAAAUUUCUCAUUAAAAUUAUCGUGAACUUUAACAGCCCUAACCUAAAAAUUACAGUGAGUUCGUCGACAUAACAAAGUCGUGCUUCAGUGGAUCAGUUUCCAUAUUUUUGUCCCAGCACCGAAACCCUGGAUUAGUGACAGUUCAUCAUACAUGAUGUCUACAGCCAUAAUGCAUCAGUCUGCGCUCUACGAAUUUGGUGAUCUGAUCUUUAAGGUAAUAUUAACCACACUUUCUUGCUCAAUCCGAUAAAAUCAAACUCGGCCAGUGCAGACUAUGAACGGCAACCUUGCUAGUGCGCUCGGUCCGGUGGGCGGCAGCGCAGUGUCCAGCAGCGUCACCUGGGACCAGCAUUCGGUGUUGGCGCGAGUGGCGUCGGUGCCCGCACAUCGCGCCCUCGCCGGCAUCCUCGACCGCCUCAGCCACCGCCGCCUCGAGCGCACCACCAGCGAGCCGGCGCCGCCGCCACCAGCCACCAGCCGCUACAAGACCGAACUAUGCCGCCCCUUUGAAGAGGCCGGAGUCUGCAAAUAUGGCGACAAGUGCCAAUUCGCCCACGGGGUCCGCGAGCUGCGGAACUUGCAGCGUCACCCAAAAUACAAAACGGAGCUGUGCCGUACUUUCCACUCGGUGGGUUUCUGUCCGUACGGUCCGCGCUGCCACUUCGUGCACAACGCGGAGGAGGCGCGCCGCAGGGAGCCGCCGUCGCCAGGCGGUUCGCUGGCGUCGCUGUCGUCGGGAGGGUCGCUGGGCUCGUUCAUGAGCGACGGGUCGCGGUCGCCCCGCUCGCCGCACUCGCCGCACACGCCGCAGUCGCCGCUGGCGCCGCAGUCUCCGAACGCGCCGCACUCGCCGCCGGCGCUGUCGCCGCCCGCGCACGCCACUGCCUUCGCGUUCCGCCGCACGCACUCUCCGGACCCGGAGGAUGAGCGGCUGCCCGUGUUCAACCGCCUGUCGUCGGCACUCGGCGACCUCGUGAUCGCUUAAGGCGCUCGCCUAGUCCUAAGUUAACUUAUACCGAGUCUAGCGUAAGGAUCGUCCGACACCGUAGUGCCUACACGACGUCUUCCAGACUUGACUGCGCACGAGCGACGUCCCGGUCGCCGAGCCUCGCGCACUUGCAAACUAGCUCAACGAAUGAUCUCCAGUUUAUCGAUGCUGAAUUGUAAUACUUCGGUUUAAUUUAUAAAGUUUACGAAGUGUUUCUCUGGCGUCUCGAAAGUUUGCGGUGUGAAUAAUAGUAGUUAUGUUCAACUUUUAGUUAUCGGCACGCAAUUGUAAAUGGCACCUUUAUAUUUUUAGAUAUUUAUUGUGUAGCUCGCGGAUGUCUUCCCGAUGCGAUCCUCCGCCGAGCGGUGGCCUCUGUAAAGUUAGCUUAUAGAACAUUUAUUUAUUUCAUACUGCCUCUCCGCGCUCGGUACCGUACCGCGAGAAGGCGCUCGUGAUCUAUUUUUAAGAGUUUAAGAUAAUAAUUUAUUAUUUAUUUCGAGUCUCUUUAACUAUAAUUAUUUUGUAGCUAGCAGCUGCGAUGCCACACCGCAUACGGACGGGGCCCGCGUCUACGGGACGUGGCUCGUUAUCACCAAACAGCUCGACUGAUUCUGUGCCAAUACACUGAUCCGAUCUUACCGCCGGAAUCAGUCGACGAUUUGCACCUCGGGAGCUCAGCGGACCGAUACCUUUAUACGCAUACCUUUAGCUUAUAAAAGACAUAGGCACUUUUUGUACAUAUUACAUAGAUACAAGUUUACAUUCAGUACUUAAACAUAGUUCACGGUGUAGUUGCUGUCGGUGCGCUAUCAUUAUCAUCUUAAUCUACUCUCGGAGAAGUAUCGAAGUAAUCCCAGGCAGUGAGCUUCUCGACUUGUCGGUCCGUCUGCGUUGAUUUUUUCGUUUUUCUCGCGGCGAGAAGGACGAACGACCAAGUGAAACCUGUUUAGGCUUUUGGUGAUUGUUUUUUCGUUCUCGCAUCUCACUAUACAAGUCCCUCUCGCGCCGACAGCACUUGAAGAGAUUGCGUUCGGGCGUUCGCUAAAAACGCCAAAAAUAUUGAACCAAGUCCGCUGAACUACCGAGGUUUAAUUUACCGCUGAACAUGUAUAAAGAAUAUAACUUCAAUAUAGUAAUAUAAAAUAUAAUGUUUAUACAAUUGUUAAGGCCGCGGCGGACGCGCGGUGCGGCGGCCCUCCCCCCGCGCGCUUCCACGCCGCCGCCCGCGUCCCGCCGCGGUCCCCGCACACAAAAAGUGCCUUCUACUUUGUAAAAAAUCGAUUAUAUUUAACUUUUAGUUGAUCGAAAUAGAUUGAUUGUUUAUUUAUUGUCUUCUUUUGAAUAUAAUAUUCAAAUUGGCAAAGUUAUUACUUUUGUACUUCGACCGAACUAAUUAAUUAGUUUCGACGUAGAAUAGGUUUUUUGAAUUUAAAGUGUGAUAUUUUAUAAUAUUUAUGAUAACAAAGUUUAAAGUUUUAAUUAAGGGACCAAUAUAAGGAUUAGGAGAAAUUAUGCUGGAACCAACGCCUUUGAUUUAUAUCAAGACUGCUUUGCAACUGUAAAUUGUAUUCUUGUUUCGUUUAUCACCACUUACCUCUAUUGAUAUUGUAAUCGUGCCACUAAUAAAGUAACAUUUGGACAGUGCUGGUUUUCGUUUUCUGUUAGUAUCUAUUGAUUGUAUCUGUAAUGACGGUCGAGAUCGUUUCGUGUAUUUAUCUCUUUAGUUUCAGCGUUUUACCGCGUCUUAUAGAAAAACAUUUUGUACCUAAUUAAGGACUACCUAGAUGUAAGAGUUCAUAAACUUCGUCAACGUUAUUUAUUAUCAGUUCAUUAAGGAUUAUGAAAUCAUUAAAGCGAAUGUAUUUAAUUUCUUUUGUAUUUACAUCAACAUUUAAACACGAUUUGUUAUAAUGUCUUAAUAUGAUUAAUAUAAUAUCGCGAGUCAUAUGAUAUAACGACAUUAGUUUACAACUUUUAGUACCUAUGAUUAGUUAAGUAUUUAAUUUUUUAUUUAAUUCCAAUUAUAAGUUAAUUUUGCAAAAUUUGACUAAAUAUACUUUUUUAUGGACGAAAAUUAAGGUAAAAGCUAUAUGACAUUUCUUGUAAGUUUUCCUUAUUUACCAUCAGCAUUUUUAUUUUCAAUUAUAGUCAGAGUAUGUUAAA